UUCACAAUUGCUGAGAGUGUUUUUGUUGUCAUAAAGAGCUUUUGUAACUUGCACAUGAUAAUUUAAAAGAGUUCAAGUUAAAUAAUGUUAUAUUUAACAACAACUUAGCUGCACUGCCCAACAUGACAAUUAAAAAAAAAAAACAAAUUACAAGCUUGAAUUUAGAUCAAAAAUAGUAACACACUAUAAAUUAAUUGGUCAGUAAGAAAAAUAAUAAUAAAAUUUGGAGCAACACACACUCAAGUCUGUCUGUGACAUCAUACAUAUUGGAAAAAGAAUAUAAAUAAUUUACACUUUAUUAUUAAUUAUCCAAUGCAGUUAAAAAUGGCAGAUAAAGAUGUAAUUCAAUUGGAAAGUUCAACAAAACAAAUAAAAAAAGGAACAACAAUAUUAACUGCUGAACCAUUUGCCUUUGUAUUGAGUGAUCAACAUAGAAAAGAAAGAUGUGAUUAUUGUUUUAGAAGUAUAAAAAUAUCAAGAUGCUCUGGAUGUCAGUAUGUAUAUUAUUGUGGAAGAAAUUGCCAAAGAAAAUCAUGGUCAAUACAUAAAAUUGAAUGUCCAAAUAUUAAAAAAAUUCAUCCAAGAGUUUUGCCUGAUGCUGCCAAGAUGAUGUCAAGAAUAAUCAUCAAGUUGAGUCAAGGUGGUGCUGAUGAGUGUGGCUAUUAUACACCAUCAAAAUAUAGAAAAUUUUAUGACAUGAUGUCACAUACAAAUAAUAUUAAAAAUGAUAAUAAAAAAAUGGAACAUUUUACAUCAUUGAGUAUGAUUUUAAUUAAAUAUUUACCAAAAGACAUACUUCCAGAUAUCAAAGAGUUACUUGGUAUAUUUGGAAGAAUGAGUGUUAAUUCAUUCAACAUACUUGAUACUGAUAUGACAAGUUUAGGAGUUGGUAUUUAUUUAGGACCAUCAAUUAUUGAUCACAGUUGUAAACCAAAUGCACAUGCUGUUUUUGAAGGUACCAAAAUAAUUAUAAGAACACUUGAUGAUCUUCCAUCACUUGAUUGGUCAAAGAUUAGAAUAACGUAUAUUGACUUAUUGAGAGAUACUAAAACCCGAAGAGAUGAAUUACAGAGAGCAUAUUAUUUUUUUUGUGAUUGUGAACGUUGUAGUUCACCAGAAACCAUUGAAAUAUCAGCAGCAUGUCCAAAUAAAAAAUGUACAUAUCCAUGUAUACCAGCUGAUACGAAAAAUUGUGCUAAAUGUGGUGAAAAAUAUCCAGAUAAUUAUCAGGAAAAAUUUAAUCAAGUCACUGAACUAUCAUUGUACCAUUUGGAAAAAAUGGCUCAUACAGCUUAUUUAGAUGCAAGUAGAAUGUGCCUGGAAAAGCAAGAUGGCAUAUUACAUCCUUACAAUCUUUUGUCAAUUAGAAUGCUGGAAAUGGCACUUGUUGCUGCAAUGAAUUUAGAACUUUGGCAAGAAGCACAAAUUUAUGCUGAAAAAUUAACACCAAGAUAUUUAUUUUAUUUUGGUGAUAAUCAUCCAAUGUCUGGACAGGUACAUUAUGUACAGGCAAAAUUACUGUCUUUUCAACGACGAAAUAAAGAAGCAUUUGAAUAUAUAACAAAAGCAGAAAAAAUGAUUAAAAUGGCAUUUGGUGAUUGUCAUUAUAAAAUGAGAAAUGAAGUUAGACCAUUGUUGGAACAGCUUUUAGCUGAGCAUCACAUGAUGAAUUAUUAAAUUAUAAAAAUUAUAUCAACACAAAUAUCACUGCCAUUUUGUAGAUUUAAAAUCACUUAUUUAAUAUUUUAUGCAAUUAUAAAGACAAUUUAUUAUACAAUUAAAAAAACAUUAAAAAAGCCAAAAGAAAAAA